GCCUUAGAGCUGCCACCAUACGUUAGCCUUAAAAAAUCCUUAGAGCAGCCUUUAGUCCUAAAUUUUUUGGAAGUUUUUUUUAAUUGAAAAUGCGUGUGUAUUGUGUAUUUCUGAUUGUGGCUGUGGUGGCCUGCAGUGCCGCCCCAGGAGCUGGGAGUGAAGAAGAUGGGAGAAUUGAGCUGUUCUCUGGAGUCGCUAUUGAGAAAGAUGCGACAGGAGAAGAAAAACUGAAUGUCAAGUUUGAGCCUGGUGAACUGAGGGAAGCGGCUAGGACAUUUGAAGAAGCACGAGGCAAAAUCAAGAAAUACUCCCCACUCCUAGCUGGCAUUGGAGUGAAAGUCCUGGCAGUAGCUGGUCUUCUGUUCGGAGGCCUCACACUCCUGGUCACCAAGGCGCUGGUGGUCGCCAAGCUGGCGUUCGUGGUGGCUGCAGCUUUGGGCAUACAGAAGUUGUUGAGUGGCGGUGGAUUGAAUAACAUUAGUGGGAAGCUCGCCGGCUUCCAGUCCUCCCAGCAGUGGACUUCCCCCACGGCAUCAGCGGCCACCUACCCCUACGCCAGGUCUUCAAACAUUGGAGGUGAUGCCAAUGACUUGGCUUACAAGGCUCAGAUCAGCUCAUAAGGAACGAACAGAGAGGAAUGGAGAGGAUCGUGCUAUAUUUUUUUGGGGUGCGAUU